CCUCAUAUAGCGACUGCUUGGGGCUAUCUACUGCGAGCAUCUUCAGAUUGGGAUUAAUUUUCUUGUCUUGUAUGCUUAUCGACUGCUCGCCGGUCGGCCAGUACCCGCCUCGACGCCGCGAUUGAGUGAGAGAGACCGCACGCUCGUUACGCCAUAGCAACGCACUGCACGACCCCGGCCCGAGCAAACCGCCCACCGUUUGCUCCCACGCACCGUCGCCAGCAUGGAGAUGUCGUCGCCCCUCGCAGCCAUGCACCCGCCGCCGCUCCCUGGCCCAUGGGGAUACAGACGAGACCUGCCGCCGUCGAAGCCGCUCUUCGGCGCGCACACACUGGGAUCCAAGAACUUCAAUUUCCGCGAUCUGAGCAUGAAGAAGUCGAGCUCCGACUACUUCACCCUGCAGCCGAUGCGAGGGUCGUCGCCGACGUCGAGCCUGGCCGCCGACAUGUCCUCGAACCUGCAUGUCGACCAGAGUCCCCAGCUCGCAACACCUCGCCGGUCGCUGUUCACGUCAAAUCUCUUCCAGCAAUUGGACAAUCGGGCAGAAGGAACUACGACCCCACCAAUCCGCUGGGAAGGCGUCACGACUCCGCCAAUUCCCUCCUCGUCGCCCAGCUUCGUCCCGGAUUCCAUGGACAUCUCGCCUCUGCCCCACAAAGCACCCUUUAGCUUUGUCACUGAGCGUCCGCUGCCUUCGCCCACUCCAGACACCACCCCGGCCGCAGACGACGACGACAUGCUGUCGCCAUGCGAGCUGCCCACUGCGCCUCAGUUUCCGGCUCCUGAGAUCGAGGUCCCCCGGCCGGUAUCGGCUGCUGAGCGUCGCAAAUCCAUCCUUCUCCGACCAUCUCUUGCUCGCACAAAGAACUACUCGACUAACACAGUAUCCUUCAAGUCGCGCGAGAACAACCCCUUGCCGCCGUUCAAGUUCGGCGCAGGCAUUGAAAGCUUCUCGACCAUGCCCACCCCGUCAUUGGACGAGUGCUUCGCUGCCUCCCCUCCCCAGGACCGUAGGCCGUGUUCGAACCCUUCGCUGGGUUUCUCGAAGCCCAAGCCUUUUACCCUUAACACCAGUGUCUCGCGUGCCAAUGGAUCGCCCCUCAGUGCUAACGUUCGGAAGCCUGCUGGGCCCCCGUCUCGGCGUCCCAGCAAGUUCCGGAGGUCGUUGAGCAUGUUCGAGCAUCCCGGCGAUGUGAUGAACGCGAAGCAAGACAAGGACAACUACACACCGAGCGGCCUGCAAUCUGUGAUGGACGUCGAUGACUCGCCCUCCCUCAAGUUGCCUCACUUUACGCCACCCAAUGAACCCGACAGCCUUCCCCGUAUCAGUGAUACAACGCUGGUUGAGGUCCUAAACGGUGGCUACGAUCACUUGUAUGACCAGAAGGUCAUCGUUGAUUGUCGUUUCGAAUAUGAAUUCGAUGGCGGUCACAUUGACGGGGCAACCAACUACUGUGACAAGGACAAGCUAGCGGAGCGCCUCUUUGGCCCCGACACGGCUUCAAUGGGAACUAUUAACACUCUUCUCAUCCUCCAUUGUGAAUACUCUGCGCAUCGCGCUCCUCUCAUGGCCAAGUUCGUGCGCCACGAGGACCGGAAGCUUAACUGCCACCGGUACCCGCUGCUCACGUAUCCCGAAGUGUAUAUUCUCGACGGUGGUUAUAGCUCAUUCUAUGAGUCACACCGAACACGCUGCUUUCCACAGAACUACCUUCGAAUGGAUGCGAAGGAGCACGAGAACGCUUGCGAGCGCGGCAUGAACAAGCUCCGCCAGCGCUCCAAACUCAAUCGCGCACAGACCUUCGCAUUCGGCCAGCAAUCCUGUCAAAUGGAAGACAGCCCCACAGCUGUCGGUCGGUCAAAGAGCGGCGGCGUCAUCACGCUACGUGACGAUAGCUCCUUCAAUGUUGGACGAAUAGGUGCCACACGCCGCAUGGCUUCCUACUGAGCCUGCAGUGCAGCGACCAUGAUUUCCCUACGAUACUCUACCAUGCUCACGGCGAAUCGGACUCACGGCGUUAUUGAUUGACUGCGGCAUUCGAACCCCCAUAGCCUGGCGUUCUGGUCACAUCUCACUUUCAUCCUUGCGGCGUUUAGCGACUACCCUCUAUACCGCCUGCAUCAAUCUUCGAUCUGUUGGACGGGA